UCAUAAUUUAGUAUCCGGGUAUCCGGUUACCAGAAGUUUCUAUUUGGGUCGUGGAGUUUGGGAUGUUAAAAGUAAAACCAAAUCACCCCAAUUUUAAAUUUGUUAAAAGUCAAAGAUUCAUGCUUGCGGUUGAGGGGAAGGGUAAAGGGAAGUGCUUCAACAAAGGAGAAUUUGAGUGAAAAUUUAUCAGCGUACAUUUUUAGAUUAAGAUUAACAGAAACACUUAUUAAACUAUGUUUCAUAAAAUAUUUUUUUAAAUAUUGAGGGUUCUAAAUUUUAAAAAUUUAGAGCUCAUUUUCCAUUCUUUGUGUCGCAGAAUUUGACAUGCUUCAGAAAAAAGGAAUUAAAAUUCAAGGUUGGUAAGGUUCCAACCAAAUUUCUACUCAUGAUUUCAGUUCCUUUGUUGUUGGGAAUGUUAUGCUUGGAGGUGGAGGAAAAUUGUGCCUUUUAGAAUUAGGCUUGUAUCCUAAAUCUGUUAAAUCUAAGCUGAAGAUGAAAACGUUGGCGCAAAUGCGAAAUGGGGUGCUUAAGAAGCUCAAUAAGAAAAGAAAAUUGGAAUUCUCUUCUUUGGUAGUGAGCCCUGGCAAGCAGCUGCUGAAGCAAUCAGAUCAGAAAAGGAAGGCUGAAUCCAUCAGAAGGAGAUUGAUUCAUAAACCAGAUGUUUCCAAAGGCCAUCGAGUUGAUUCUUCUAAGAAGAAGAGUUGUGAAGAGAGUCGGGGUGAUCGAUCUUUAUGCUCAAGUUCUAAAGGUAAAAAUGACAGUGGGGGCUCACAAAGUGUAAGUUUGAAGAGAAUGAGAAAACAGAAGAGAAAGAAAGAUAAGGUUGCUCUAGAUGAAGCUGCACAACUGCAGAGAAGAGCUAGAUACCUUUUGGUUAAAAUGAAGCUAGAACAAAGUCUCAUUGAUGCUUACGUGGGAGAAGGUUGGAAAGGUCAGAGUCGAGAAAAGAUUAAGCCAGAAAAGGAGUUACAGAGAGCCAUGAAUCAGAUACUGAAAUGUAAGCUUGGAAUUCGGGAUACAAUUCACCAGUUGGAUUUACUUGCCUCUGUUGGGAAGAUUGAUGAUUCUUUGAUUUCCCCAGAUGGUUCUGUCCAUCAUGAACAUAUUUUUUGCAAAAAGUGCAAAUCUCAGGAUGUUUCAGAGGAUAAUGAUAUAAUAUUAUGUGAUGGCACGUGCAAUUGUGCUUUUCAUCAAAAAUGCAUUGAUCCCCCUUUGGCGACAAUAGAUAUUCCUCCUGAAGACGAAGGCUGGUUUUGUAAAUAUUGUGAUUCUAAGAUGGAAAUAUUAGAAGCAACAAAUGCGCAUCUCGGAACUCAAUUCUCUGCUGAUAGCACUUGGCAGGAUAUUUUUAAAGAAGAAGCAAAUUUAUCUGGUGUCGGGACCAGAGAUUUACACCCUGAAGAAGAGUGGCCUGAUGAUGAGUCUGAUGAUAAUGAUUAUGAUCCUGACAGGGAUGAAAAUGAUACCAGUAAUUGGUGUGGUAUGGAGGAUAGUGAUUCACAUGAGAAAAGCAGUACUAGCAGCUCUUGUUGCUCAUUAGAGAGUGAAGUUCUCUCAGAAUCUGGAUUCUCCGGAAGAGAUGGAGUAUUCAGCGAUAUUGCUUCGUUGCAUCAAAAAUGUGCUACAGUAUCUAAUGAAAAUGAAUGUACUAGUGGUCCCAGGAAGCGAUGUGCUGUGGAUUAUAUAAAGCUCUAUGACGAAAUGUUUGGGAAGGAUACUACUACAGGUGAUAUGGUAAGCGAAGAUGAAGAUUGGGGCCCUUCUAAAAGAAGGCGGAGGGAAAAGGAGAGUGAUGUUGCUAGUACCCUUAUGACUUUGUGUGAAAGUGAAGCUAAACAUUCAGAUCUGCAAAAUCUGGAAGUGGGUAACAAUCACCUUCCAUUUGCAAAAGCUAAAAAGCCUCUCUCAAGGAUUCCUAGUGACGCUGUGCAGAAACUUCGUCAGGCAUUUUCUGAGAAUGAGCUUCCGUCCAGAGAUUUUAAGAAAAAUUUAUCAGAGUUAGUGGGUCUUGAGUAUGCAAAGGUGAACAAGUGGUUCAAAAAUGCACGCUACAUGGCUCUAAAGAAUAAAAAGAGAGAAAGAGGUUUGGACCACUCUCCCAAGAAAUCUGAUACAGAAAUUGGUAAAACAACUGAGGUUGUUUCUAAUUGUUCCUCCCCACCCAUUUUAAUCCAUACGAAGAAACGAUUGAAGAAAGUCAGCUGGAAAGCUAAUCUAACAUCUUUGCUUAGCCCUUCAAAGAAGCAGAAAUUGAUGAAAGCUUCGCUUGGUUGUACCAAGGCUAAUACGGAGCUAAGUGAUGACAUGAGCUUGAAGAAGCACCUUUUAUACUUGAAGGCUAAAAGUGGUCAGAAUAAAAGAGUUAAACGUAAAACAGAGCCACUUCAAAGACAAAGCGCGGAAAAGCUGAUGGAGCAUGUAUGCUGGAUUGAAGCAAAGAUUCAGAAGUUGAAACAAACUUUAUCGACAAUUCAGAAGGUCACAAACAAUGAACCAGACGACCUAAGCUUGACUAAAGAAAAGGUGGUUUAUGUUCCUAUUGCAGAUCUCAAAGAGAAACCGCAAUGCUAAUCAUUCAACUUCGGGUAAUGCUGAAUAUGUUUAUUCUGUUUUGUUUAUGUUAUUCUGGGGAUCAUAUAGCUUAAGCUCGCUAUUGGUAGAGCUUAUAAAACUCUGUAAUUAGUCUCAAAAGGGUGUUGUAAAUACUAUGGAAAAUUUUGCAAGCUUAUAUAUAUUGACAGGAAAUACCAAUCUAACCUUGAUGAA